GCGAGCGCGAGCAGAGUGUGCGGAACGCCGGCAGCCGAGCGCGGAGAGGCGCCGCGGUUGUUAACUCCCCCCUGUCCGCCGCGCGGACCCUUCCCCGGAGACCCCCCCCCCCCGCAGCCAGCAUGAAGCGAGCUCAUCCCGAGUACAGCUCCUCCGACAGCGAGCUGGAUGAGACGAUAGAGGUGGAGAAGGAGAGUGCGGACGAGAAUGGAAACUUGAGUUCAGCUCUUGGUUCCAUGUCCCCAACGACAUCUUCUCAGAUCUUAGCCAGGAAGAGACGGAGAGGAAUCAUCGAGAAGCGCCGACGAGACCGGAUCAAUAACAGUUUGUCUGAGCUGAGGCGGCUGGUUCCCAGUGCUUUUGAGAAGCAGGUAAUGGAGAAAGGGUCUGCUAAGCUAGAAAAAGCUGAGAUAUUGCAGAUGACCGUGGAUCACCUGAAAAUGCUUCACACUGCAGGAGGGAAAGGCUAUUUCGAUGCGCACGCCCUAGCUAUGGAUUACCGGAGUUUGGGGUUUCGAGAAUGCCUGGCGGAAGUCGCCCGUUACCUGAGCAUCAUCGAAGGACUAGAUGCUUCUGACCCUCUCCGCGUCAGGCUGGUGUCGCACCUCAACAACUACGCCUCCCAGCGGGAAGCGGCGACUGGCGCGCACGCGGGCCUUGGACACAUUCCCUGGGGAAGCGCCUUCGGACAUCACCCGCACCUCGCGCACCCUCUCCUGCUGCCCCAGAACGGCCACGGGAACGCGGGCACCGCCGCUUCGUCCACGGAGUCUCACCAUCAGGGCAGGUUGGCCUCGGCGCAUCCAGAGGCGUCUGCCUUGCGAGCGCCCCCUAGCGGCGGCCUUGGACCGGUGCUGCCCGUGGUCACCUCGGCCUCCAAACUGUCCCCGCCUCUGCUCUCCUCGGUGGCCUCGCUCUCUGCCGCCUUCCCCUUCUCCUUCGGCUCCUUCCAUCUACUCUCUCCCAAUGCACUGAGCCCUUCGGCACCCACGCAGGCUGCAAACCUUGGCAAGCCCUAUAGACCUUGGGGGACAGAGAUUGGAGCCUUUUAAAAAAGAACUCUAGAAUGAGGGGAGGGGAAAGUUUAAGAAUCCCAGUUGAGCUGGACUAUUGCCAACAUCACCUUAAAGUCGUCAGUAAAAGUUUAACAAAAA